UGGCAACACCAGAUCCCCUAAGUGGUUUCAUAAUGGCGGCAGGUUUGUGUUGGUUCGUUGCUGUAAACACGAAUUCUUUUAUGUAACAAUGGCUUCCCUCAAGAAUUGCGACCCCGAAUUACGUCGCUAUCUUCUCAGACAUCGCUUGCCCGAUGUUUUUGAGGCUAUUCUGACAGCUUUAGCAAUCAACUGUCCAGAUGACCCCCAGGAGUUUAUACUCAGCAAACUCACACUUGUACUUGGAGAUGAGCAAGUGCUGGAAGAUCUCAGAUGGGAUUCUUUUAUAGAUGAAAUGUACAAACCCAAAAACAGAAUAAUCAAGACUGCAGCUUUGGAAUUUCUGUGGUCCUAUGAAGAUGAAAAUUCUCAGCCUACACCAGAGAUGUACCAAAAAGCUUAUAAUCUGUACAAUGGCAAGUUGAAGGUUAUGUGUUUCAGUGCAUGGCUGAGGUUUCACAGACACAUGAGGCGGAAGAAGAUGAUACUUCAUCGAAAACUGAACAAUGCUCGCACAUGGCACAGGCAAAGGAUUCUCAGAUUACAGCUUCAAAAGUGGAUUGAAUGGGUGGCAGAAAGGAAGGAACGCCAAUAUGUAAUAGCCAUGCGUAUCAAGAGAGUGGUGACAAUCUCGCUGCUUAGACUUGUGUUUGAUGCCUGGCACAGCGUAGCAUUAGAUGCUCGCAAGACCAAGGAGUAUUUUGAGAAAAUUGAGAAGGGAGAGUACAAUGACUCAGGCUAUGAGGGCUUUUUCCGAAUUCGUGCUGAUGGCAAGGAUGAGAUCUCCUCUCUGCCAAGACAUGUAGCACUUAGGAUCUUUAGUUAUAUCACUAUUGGCGAUCUCAGUCGAUGUGCCAGAGUCUGUCGCAGCUGGAAGAUUCUGAUCCACGCCAAUAUUCUUUGGAGCAAGAUCGAUAUGUCUCAAGUAAAACACCGUGCCACCAACAAGGCGACAGCAAAACUAAUACACAAAUGCAGACCAUUUCUAGGGCACCUCAACCUUAAAAAUUGCUACAAUUUGACAAGAGAGAGUCUCAAGAUAAUAGGACAGUGCAGGAAUCUUCAAGAUUUAAACUUAUCUGAAGUCAAAGGCGUUACGGAUGAAGUGAUGAAGGAUAUUGCCAUGGGCUGUACUAGUUUGUUGUAUUUGAACCUUAGCAGCUGCCUGAUAUCAGAUUCCACUCUUAGAUACCUCGCAAGGUACUGUACCAACAUGCAAUACCUCAGUCUAGCCUACUGCACCAAAUUUAGCAACAAAGGCCUUAGUUAUCUGGCGAAUGGUAAGGGGUGCCAUAAGGUCAUCUACUUGGACCUCUCCGGCUGUGAGCAGAUAACAGACGAUGGAUACAAGUUUGUAGGAAUGGGAUGCAGUAGUCUGAAUACCAUCAUCCUUAACGACCUGCCUGGACUGCGGGAUGCAUGCAUCCAGAGUCUGACGUCCGAGUGCCGGACGCUUCGUACUGUAUCAAUACUCAAUUCACCCUUUCUGUCCGACACUGCAUACAAGAGCUUGGCGCUUUGUAGGAAACUACACAAGUUGCGCAUUGAAGGGAAUAAUCGCAUUACAGACGCGUCCGUCAAAGUGCUGGCGAAAAGCUGCUCUCAGUUGGAGCAUGUGUACAUGGUAGACUGCCCUCGGCUCACGGAUCUCUCCCUCAAGGCGCUUGCAUCCGUCAGACACUUGAACGUCAUCAAUGUGGCGGACUGUGUCAGGAUUCAAGACACUGGCGUGCGACAAAUAGUUGAGGGACCCUCAGGAUCCAAAAUCAAAGAGCUCAAUCUGACAAACUGUGUUCGCGUCAGUGACGUCACGCUGCUACGCAUCGCUCAGAGGUGUCAUAACCUUGUUUAUGCCAGCUUCUGCUACUGUGAGCACGUGACUGACGCAGGGGUGGAGCUUCUGGGAACCCUGCCUAACCUGAUCUCGAUAGACAUGUCCGGGUGUAACAUCUCGGACCAUGGGGUGUCUUCCCUCGGUAAUAACGCCAUGAUGAGGGAUGUCGUCAUAGCCGAAUGCUCCGCAAUUACUGAUCUCGGAUUACAGAAAAUGUGUCAACAGUGCCGUUUCCUUGAGAAUCUGGACAUCUCCCAUUGCACUAACCUUACAGACAACGCCAUCAAGAAUCUAGUGUUCUGUUGCCGACUUUUGCGCACUUUGAAUCUCUCUGGGUGCGACAAGCUUACUGACUCAAGCUUGCAGUAUUUAUCUGGAGUGUGCCAUUAUCUGGAGAUGUUGGAUUUGUCAAACUGCACCCUUGUCUCUGACAAAGCAUUGCGGUACCUCAGAAAAGGAUGCAAGAGGUUACAAUCCUUGACCAUACUCUACUGCCGCAACAUCACCAAGAAUGCAGUGCAAAAGUUCCAAAUGAAGUGUACGGUGAACCACAGUAUUGAGGGCCCCUUGGGCAUCAUGGCAAAUGCUUAAAUCAUUAUAACUUGGAAUCUGGAAAUUCAUUUAUUAUAUGUACAGAAUAUAUGUAUAUAAGGACAUAGAUAUGCAAAUUAUAUAAUAUUUCAAAUAAAUCCAUUUUUUGCAAUUAAUUAAUUUUAAUUAAAGUUAAUAUGUUAAACAUG